AUGCCUUUGACGAGCUUGGAUGAGACUCCUCUAAGGCAGAUAUUCUUUGGGGGGCAGAAUUUCGGCGCCAUCGACUCCCAAAAUGGGAUCCCGCACUUCACAUUACAGUGUCACCAGUGGAUCCUCUCAAGAACUGGGCAAUGGCCGCGUUUCCACGAUCUCGACAUACACGAUCCAGGCUAUAAUGAGAACACUACAGAGUGCAGUUCCGCACCGGUCAUGUCGGCACCCUUGAACCAAAAUGACAAGGUUGUACUGCCUGACCAGCAUAUUUUGGCAUUUCUUCUGCGGACAUUCAUGGACUCAGAGCUAAGCCUUAUAUUCCCCCUGGUUGAUUCUGUUCUUAUUGAAGAGACAGCCCGGAUGGCAUAUGCGGUAAAUUCCCAUGAGUAUAUAAGUGCUAGGGCAUGCAUGUUUGCCUUUCUCUCCAUGGUGGGCACUCGGUUUCCCGAUAUUAAGGCUGCAUCAGAGAUUAAUAGUGAUGCUUGCGCUGCCGAGGCGCAGCUGGCACUAUCAGAGCUUUUACAUCAUGCAAGCAUCACUAAUUUACAGACUAUGAUUAUGCUACUAUUACAUGAAAUGCUCCGAGGUCGUGUAAACACUGCUUCCAUGUAUCACGCUCUCGCAUGCCGAACAGUCUUUACACUAAAAGGCCACACAUGUAUUCCACCUACGCAUUAUAAUUUAACGAGGAAGGAGAAUGAGAACCGACACCUCCGUAUGCUUUUUUGGAUGUGCUACGUUCUAGAUAAAGAUAUUGCCCUAAGAACAGGCCAACCACCCGUUAUUGACGAUCAAUUCUGCAAUCUCACGCUCCCUGCUAAUUACAUGGAAACCGUGUUUGUUGACGCCCUCAUAAAGACGGAUGCUGAGCUUUUGAAGACUAUUCGAGUGUUGGACGAGGAGCUUGAAAGCUGGCGUAUAUCGAUUCCUGAAGAGUUACGUCCUGGAUUAUCGGUCCAGAAAAGGGCCAACCUCGAUACUAUGAGCAGCUUCAAAAGCAUGAUACACAUCGAGCUGAGUUUAAACUAUUACUUCUUACUCAACACCAUUCAUGCAGCCAGUGGACGAUUCAAGGUGAAUGUGGAUGGGAAUAGGUCCGGCCGAAAAUGUCGUUUUGGCGUGCAGUCAAGUCUAGACUUGUCGGCCGAGGCCAGCCGAUCUACUCUUCGAUAUUUAAGUACAGUGGCGAGCAGACUUUACAUGGAAACGUUCUGGGUCUUCUGUUUCUACCCCACAUCCGCUCUCAUGACAUUGUUUUUUAAUAUCCUGCAUGACCCCCAUCACGAUUUUGCGAUGGACGAUGUGGAACUGCUUUGCGGGGCGUCAAACGUACUGCAGAGCAUGCCGAUCCGUAGAGUCACGCCGCGCGAAACCAUGUACUUGAAGAGGAUGGAUAUUUUGGUCCGAGAGCUGAGCGAGCUAAGCAGGCUUGCCAUGGCCAGACAAAUGACCAAGGUAAAGUAG